UUUUAUGAUGGAUUGUCUUUCUCUCUUGUUACAGACGUGACAGCCAUCAUUUUUGUGGUAGCCAGCAGCAGUUAUAACAUGGUGCUCAGAGAGGACAAUCAGACCAACAGACUCCAGGAGGCACUUAACCUGUUCAAGAACAUCUGGAAUAACAGGUGGCUUCGAACUAUUUCUGUCAUUCUGUUCUUAAACAAGCAGGACUUGCUGGCGGAGAAGGUUUUGGCGGGAAAAUCAAAAAUUGAGGAUUACUUCCCAGAGUUUGCACGCUACACUACACCAGAUGAUGCAACACCAGAGCAAGGGGAAGAUCCGCGAGUUACGAGAGCAAAAUAUUUCAUCCGAGAUGAGUUCUUGAGGAUCAGUACAGCGAGUGGAGACGGACGGCACUACUGCUACCCCCACUUCACCUGCGCCGUGGACACGGAAAACAUCCGCAGAGUGUUUAACGACUGCAGAGACAUCAUCCAGCGCAUGCACCUACGACAGUACGAACUCUUGUGAUCGCAGCAGGGAUGACGGGACGCAAACUCACCACCUGAACUUUCUUUAGGCCCCCCUGCCCUACAUCACGCCCCAAUAUCAAACCACAAACUGAUGAGUCCCCACCUCUUACACACACACACACACACACACACGUGCAUAUUAUAUGUGUAUAUACACAUGUGCAUAUAUAUAUAUAUACAUACAUACAUACGGACACACAUACACACACAUGGCCUUUCUCCAUCCUGAGUGACUAGGGGCUGGGGCAAGGGGACGCACUGUGUUACUGAUGAAAGCGUGGCUGUGAUAUCUGGCAAAAAGACUUGUUAACACAGCCAAGGACUACCAAUGUUAAUAAAAAGAGAGAGAGGAAAACAAAACAUGUGAGAGGGAGAGGGAGGGGGGAGAAAAGAGGGAAGAAAAAAAACUGUCCAGAACUGCUCAGGACAAGGAAGCCAUUUCGUACACAU